AAAAGCAUAAGCAUAAGCAUAUUGGAUUCUUGAGCAGAGCUACUCUGUUGUCAAACAAACCCAUAAUGGCAUCUCCACUUUACACCAAUUCCAUUUUUCUUCUCUCUUUUUGCUUUUCUCUUUCCCAUUUCCUCCGCUGAACUUUAGACAAGCUUUCUUCUCUGUGUUUCCAUGGAAGUUUCACCCGGCACGCUUUGAUUUUCUGUAUCUUUUAUUCUAAAGGAAUAUAUCAUUCUUGCCCUCAUGUCCAAAGUUGGAAGCAUAUUUUUCUGCUGCAGUUCAUCAAAUAAAUAUAACAGAUUGGAUGCAAAGCUGGGAAGAAAAAUGGUUGAAGUCAAAAGAAAUUUAGCUGGACAUGACAAUUUCAAGUCAUUAAAUGGCAUAAUUUUGAGAUUUCCUCAAUUCAAGGAGGUAUUACAAAACAUCAGGGGUGUAUUUGAACAGUAUGAUGAAGAUUCAAAUGGAAGCAUCGAUCGUGAAGAACUCAAGAAAUGCUUACAACAGCUACAAAUGCAUAUGACCGAGGAUGAAGUCGAGGAUCUUUUCUACUCUUGUGACAUUGAUGGAAGUGCCGGAAUACAAUUCAACGAGUUUAUCGUCCUCCUAUGUCUCAUUUAUCUUCUCAAAGAUGAGCAUUCGCCCACUAAAUCAAAGCUGGGUUCACCUCAACUUGAAGCAACUUUUGACACAAUCAUCCAAGCUUUCAUAUUUCUAGAUAAAAAUGGCGAUGGCAAGCUCAACAGGAAAGAAAUGGUCAAGGCUUUGAAUGAGGCUUCUCCAUACGAGAGAUCCCCUGCACGCAUUACAAAGACUAGAUUCAAAGAAAUGGACUGGAACAACAGUGGGAAGGUGAAUUUCAGGGAGUUUCUAUUUGGUUUCAUUAACUGGGUUGGAAUCGACACGGAUGAAGAACUCUCUCUUAAAUAAAGUCGAAACAGGAAAGAAGACUUCAAGGCAAUCGUAUAGAAAUGAAGACAAUGGCUUGAAAAAUAAGGUCAGAUGGAUACGAUAUUCAAAACUGAACGACUUGCCUAGUGAUUAUAGUGACAUACUAAUCACUAUUGUUUGUUUAUUUCAUUUGCUGAAUUGUAAUAUUCGGACGAUCUUGUGAAUUAGAUUACAUAAUGUUAUUCUAUUGUCAUUAUUGUAUAUGAUGUUAGACACGAAAA